AUGUGGGUAAAUGUGUUCUUCGAAAGCCACUGUAAAUACUUAUCAGAUGAACAGCUACUCCUCUAUAUCCACGAGUAUGUCCGAAGCGAGAGUCUUGCCAUGACAGCUACUCCAGAUCCUCUAGAGGACUACACAGAUAGCUGCCUUUCUAUCAAUGUUGAUACUAGGGAUACUCAAUGGAGUAACUCCGUUAAUAUUGACGGGAUGGUGUUCGAGAGGGUCCAACAGUGGAUUCGCGAUUUUCCAAUGAAUGGACUUCCUUUUGAUCGUGGUAAGAUCUUCACCAAAAGAACGACCGGAGGGAACCACGGAUAUAGAGCCAUGGCGUACGUCGUUCCUCUAAUGAUUCUGCUGUUUGUUGAUAUUUGGUUCCGCAUUUUCCCCUGUGACUGA